AUUAGUUGUAUUUUCUACAAGCAGAGGGACAUAAGGUUUCCUCCCAUUUCCAUUCCUUCUUGUGUUUCUUUUAGUUCAUGAUACACGUUUGAAAAUGACAAGCAAAGUGAAAACGCCUAAGACAAAGGAAAGCGCUGCGGAAGAUGCGCCGGUGGCUCUGAGAAAGAGGCCCUUCAAGAGGCACGGACGUCUGUACGCGAAGGCCAUUUUCACCGGUUACAAACGUGGAUUGCGCAAUCAACAUGAACAUACCGCAUUGCUCAAAAUUGAAGGAGCCGGUACUAAAGGAGAUUCUGAUUUCUAUGUAGGAAAACGAUGUGUCUAUGUAUAUAAGGCUAAAAACAAGACUCCAGUACCUGGAAAGACCACAAAAAAGACAAAGGUUAGAGCUAUCUGGGGCAAAGUCACUCGUCCCCAUGGAGCAAGUGGAUCGGUACGUGCAAAAUUUAAGAGAAAUCUACCAGCCAAGGCUAUGGGUCAUCGUAUCAGAAUUGUAAGUUAAAAUUUAUAUUUUAUA